AUAACACGGAUGGACGGUCUCUCCUUCUCUCUCUCAAACAAUAUCCACGUAGUGUACGCAAUGUAAACGGAGGAGGAACCCACCAUCCAUAACCAGAAAGUGAGAUUGCCAUGGCGACUGUACGCAUCAAGAGUAAGCGAGUUCUACUUGGGGACAAUGGUGGGAUUGGACCUGGGGUCUUGGAGAUAACCAAUGGCAAGAUUACUAGCAUCAUCGAGGGGGAAAAUUACAACGGGUCAUGGGACAGUCAGAGAGAUAUAGAUGCAGGGGCACACCUAGUCAUGCCGGGGAUUGUUGACAGCCAUGUUCAUGUCAACGAGCCCGGCCGUACAGAAUGGGAAGGGUACGAGACGGCAACAAGAGCUGCCGCUGCCGGUGGCAUUACGACAAUAGUGGACAUGCCCCUAAACUGCAUUCCAUCUACAAUCUCACUCGAUGCCUUCAACACAAAGCUGGACUAUGCGGCCAAGAUGGCGGCUGUUGAUGUGGCCUUCUGGGGCGGGGUUGUACCCGGGAACCAGCUUGAGCUGAAGCCGAUGAUAGCUGCCGGUAUUUCUGGGUUUAAGUGCUUCCUGAUUCACAGUGGAGUGGAGGAAUUCCCUCACGUGUCCGAGGCCGACCUCCACAAAGCAAUGAAAGAGUUACAAGGAACGGACAGUGUUCUGCUGUUCCAUGCAGAAGUAGAAACGCAGCUUGAUACCGAGAACACUCAAUCUUCUCCUACUGCGUAUCAGACAUUCCUCGAAUCCAGACCCAAAGCCAUGGAAAACGGUGCUAUUGAAUUGGUAGCGAAGCUUUGCUUACAAUAUCGGGUGCCGUGUCAUAUUGUUCAUCUGUCAUCGGCCGAAGCCCUUCCCAUAAUCCUGGAUGCUCGUAAACAGGGCGCCCCCAUCACCGUGGAAACCUGCCAUCAUUAUCUCUCACUAGAUGCCGAGACUGUGCCAAGUGGAGCAACGCAGUUUAAAUGCUGUCCACCAAUCAGAGAGAAAGAAAAUCAGGAGAAGCUUUGGCAGGCCGUCAUUAAUGGUGAUAUUGAUCUGAUCGUUUCAGACCACUCCCCCUGUACGGCUGACCUUAAGUUGACCAAGGAGGGGGAUUUCAUGAAAGCCUGGGGUGGAAUAUCCUCGUUACAAUUUGGUCUGUCGCUUUUUUGGACCGGAGCCCGUAGUCGUGGUUUGCAUAUUCAUGAGAUAGUGCACUUGAUGUGCGAACGGACAGCCCAACUGGCCGGCCUGUCUGACCGUAAAGGUCAACUGAAGGUCGGCAUGGACGGCGAUGUUGUCAUCUGGGAUCCUGAAUCUGAAUUCAAGGUGACUCGCGACAAGAUUGAACAUCGGAACAAGCUUACACCCUACGAGGGAAUGAUAUUGAAGGGCGUGGUCCACAAGACGAUUGUCCGUGGUCGGGUGGUGUAUGACAGUGGUGUACAUUCAAAGACGCCACUUGGAAAGCUACUAUUCCGAGGGACUCGGGAUGGCGUGUCUGCCAGAUUGUGAAGCAGGACAUUGUUUUCUUCGUACAUCGUUGUACCGUUUUAAUUUAAAAAGGAACAUUACAGAAUUGGUUUUGCUAGCAAAGAAGUGGUUGCUGGCAGUGUAAGCACUUUA